CACUUCCCAUGGGUGGAUUUAGGUUUAGUGUUAUCUUGAUCAAGUUCUGCCGAAGAAGAACGCGCGCGGUAUGCACGUCAGAAUGGAAGAAAUUUGUCCCUGCAAAUUGGACCGCAUGAAACUUCUGCUUAUUAUAUAUUGAUUGACCACGGCGCUCAUGUCUGAGCGUCGCGGGCUUCCUACGGGACAUAUCAGGCCGCUUCGAGAACCCAUUAGUAAAGAUAGGGCAGCUAGGGAAAUGGGAUCCUAACAGGGGCUAGGGUGGACUCCUUUAUAAAUAGUCCUGGGUUCUGUCCUCCCAUGAGCCCUCUCUUCGCUCGGUAUUGCUUCUCGCACUAUUGUACAACGGUUACCAUGGUGCCCUCAAGCUCUUACGCGUCUGCGGUGCGCUUUGUGCUUGUGGUGUUGUUGUCUCGUGCUUUCCUAGCCCUUGCUUCACCCACUCCAGUUGCUGCCAGUGGGUCGGGAACGAUCGGCGCUGUUGAUGCCGAGCGUGACGAGACGGCUGUUGACCGAGUCAAGCGUGAACUUGACGCUCGUGCACCCUUGGCGCAAUUGUUCUCUUCAUGCGAAAACUCAAAGCAAGUUGCGCUGACUUUUGACGAUGGGCCAUAUGCCUGGUCGACUGAGGUUUCAGAUUUCUUGACUGAAGUAGGUGGGAGAGGGACCUUUUGCUACAAUGGUAACAAUUGGGCGUGUAUUUACGAUGCUGAGAGCCAAGCACGCGUCAAGUAUGCCGUCGCUCGUGGCCAUCAAGUCGUAUCGCAUACUUGGCGGCAUUUGGAUCUUACCCAGCUAUCCUUUGAUCGAAUCCACGAUGAGAUGUGGAGGGUGGAGCAAGCUCUAGAGCGAAUUGUUGGCCUUGCACCAGCAUUCAUGAGGCCACCUUAUGGUAGUUACAACAACUUGGUCCGCCAGGUGUCAUACCAAAGAAAUCAAAGCAUGAUUUUAUGGGACCUCGACACCGGCGAUUCGCUGGGAAAAUCCGUCUCUUAUUCGGAACAACAGUACUACGACGCAAUCAAUCAGAACCGGGAGAACAUCCUUGCGCUGAACCAUGAGACUUAUCAGAGUACAGUGGAACAAGUCCUCCCAUAUGCUAUCAAGCUUCUGCAAUCGAAAAACUACCAGCUUGUCACAGUUGCGGAAUGUCUUAACAUGGCACCUUAUCAGUGGACAACAACGCCGCAGAUGCCGUCUAGUUCAUGGACAUGCUGAAUUGAGGCCGCUGUCAAAGUGGUUCUGUAAUUGAUUUGAUUCUGAAUCCCCUAAUCGGCCACCCCCGACGCGCCUGAAGUUGAAUAAGCAUGAGAUGUCCCUCAAUCGUAAGGAUAGCAUCUUGAUAACACAACGUGGAAAUUUAGAUCGCCGACAUGGAGUCUCUUCACUGGCAGCUGCCCGUACAUGACCAGCAUGCGAAACCAUGUCGACGUGAUUUUUCUACAUGUCCCUGGUGGGAGAAUUGAAGCCUGAAUCGGGUGAUGUCCAUGUGCGCAAAUACAGUGUCGUCUCCGAUACCUACGAGCUCGUAUUGAUACCGCGGGCUUUGCCCAGAGGCCAGCUUACCUGACCGAAUUCCACAGCCCGACGAUAGUUAAAUGACAAAACACGAUGUGUCUGUGAUUUGUGUUUAACCCAUCAGUAUUGCAUCAGUAUGGAAUUCGUGG